UUCAUUAGCCAGUGCAUAAGCAGCUCAGUCUCAUCCAACUAUCAAGGCUUUCUAUUCCCAGGCCCUGUUAUAUCACAUGGGAAAUCUCAGCUGCCUGUCUGUAGUGAGAGGAUGACAAGAGAGAAGCAGCAGCUAGAAGGGAGCUCCAGUGGAGGGCGUCGGCACAGUGCCUGCAUGUCUAUUCCUGGAAACUGAAGCAAUGCCCUGGAAGCUCUCCUCUGCAAGGUUAAUGUGUGGAGAGCUCACUGUUUGAUCAGUCUGAGAAACCUCCUUCUAUACUGCCAAGCAUGGAUAAAGACUUCCGUUACUAUUUCCAGCAUCCGUGGUCCCGCAUUGUAAUUGCUUACCUUGUGAUAUUCCUUAACUUUUUACUAUUUGCGGAGGAUCCUAUAUCUCACAGCCAAACUGAGGCCAAUGUGAUUGUUGUUGGAAACUGUUUUUCUUUUAUGAUUACUAAAUACCCUGGAGUUGGUUGGGGUGUAUUAAAAGUGAUUCUCUGGCUAUUGGCUAUUGUCACUGGAUUGUUUGCCGGAAAGCUCCUGUUUCAUCAGCGUUUGUUUGGUCAUGUGCUUCGUUUGAAAAUGUUUAGGGAAGACCAUGGAUCGUGGAUGACCAUGUUUUUCAGCAUUAUACUUUUUCUAUUCAUUUUUUCACAUAUCUACAAUCUGUUUCUUCUCAUGGCAGGAGGCAUGAGCACAUACAUUAUAAAUGAAUAUAUGAAUAUCAGAAACGAAAGCUUCAUGAAAGUAGCAGCAGUGGGAACUUGGAUGGGAGACUUUGUAACUGCAUGGAUGGUCACUGAUUUGAUGCUUCAGGACAAUCAAUACCCAGAGUGGGGCAAGCCAGCAAGACGUUUUUGGAGAAAAGGAAACACACGGAUAAUCUUGUUCUGGACUGUUCUGUUUACCCUAACCUCUGUUGUUGUGUUGGUUAUUACCACGGACUGGAUAAGUUGGGACAAGCUGAAUCGGGGAUUUUUGCCAAGUGAUGAGGCCUCCCGAGCCUUUCUAGCUUCAUUUAUCUUGGUAUUUGACCUUCUGAUUGUUAUGCAGGACUGGGAAUUUCCACACUUUAUGGGCGAUGUUGAUGUUAACCUUCCGGGAUUGCCUACUGCUCACUUACAGUUCAGAGUUCCAUACUUCCAUCGGAUUUUUAAAGAAGAAUAUCACAUACAUAUUACAGGAAAAUGGUUUAACUAUGGCAUUAUAUUUCUUGUGCUCAUCCUUGAUCUUAAUAUGUGGAAAAAUCAAAUAUUUUACCAGCCAUCCGCUUACGGCCAGUAUAUAGGUCCAGGAAAGAAGAUAUACACUGUUGAAGAUGCUGAAAGUUUACAAAAUCUCAACAAGACAACAUUAACGUAUGAAUGGCGAUCAAAUAACACAGACCCAUACACCAACAAGACCUACGUUGAGGGGGAUAUGUUCUUGCACAGUAGGUUUAUUGGGGCAAGUCUGAAUGUUAAAUGUCUGGCCUUUAUUCCAAGUAUUAUGGUCUUUGUCUUAUUUGGAUUUUUCAUAUUGUUCUUUGGUCGAUUUAAAAAAAGUGAACUUGGGAUGGAAAAUAAAGACAAAACAUACACACGUAUCAAGAGGAAAUCCCUCUCUGAGCACAGCAAAGAAAUGAGUAUAACUAUAGAGAAUCUACAGGCAGUGGUGGAAGAGCCUUUAUGCCUACAUGAGCCAACUUUAAUUUCAAUCAAGACAAAAUCCAGUGAAAUAUCAAAUUGCCCUUCUCCUUCACUGGCCUCUGAGACACCGAGAUCAUCAGAACACUGUAUUCCCACUGAAGACCCUGAAAGCUAACUAUGGUACAAACACGUGGCAAUAAUGAACUGUUUUGUGUGUGGUUUCUUAUUUCGUAAUACAUUUUGUAAUAGAAAUAUAUGUUUAAAUUUGACAGCACUAAACCAUAUUUCCUUAAAGGUGCUCACAACUGUACAACUUGCACACUUUUGUAUUGUGCUAUAUGUGCCUCUGUUGUAACAUUCCUUAGAAAGUAGUUACACACCUCUGUAGUAUACAAGCUAAUGUGACAUUAGUUGGCAUACACAUAUUUACAGAUGAAUCGCUGUGCCUUGAUUAUAUCAUACUUUAAUAAACCAAUUUUUUUUUAAUUCA